UUUUAUUUGGAUGACCUUUGAUGUUUACGUAUAAAAUGGCCGGUUUUAGUGGAGCUCUACAACUCACAGAUUUAAACGAUUUUAUCACGCCCUCGCAGGAAUGUAUAAAGCCUGUGAAGAUAGACCGUACUGCUGGCAAAGUCGGGAAGAUCAGGAUUGAAGAUGACGGGUCGUAUCUCAGUGUGUCAGCAACUGGUACAGAGACAAAGCUACAGAAAGCUCAGAUAACAUUGAAUGACUGUCUGGCAUGUAGCGGGUGUAUCACCUCGGCCGAGAGUGUGCUGAUUACACAACAGAGCCAGGAUGAAUUGUUCAGAGUGCUGCAGGAAAACAGAGAAGUUGAGGAUGAUACCCAUCGAAAAGUGGUUGUGGUCUCAAUUUCACCCCAAGCGAGAGCUUCAUUGGCUGCUAAGUAUGGACUGUCCAUGGAAGAGGCUGCUUACAAGUUAACUGCUUUCUUCAAAAAUCUAGGUGUGGAUUACGUGUUUGACACAACGUUUUCCCGCAGUUUCAGCCUGAUAGAGAGUUGUCGCGAGUUUGUUCGGCGGUACCAAGAGGCAGAGACAAACAAAAUGGCAUUCCCCAUGUUAGCAUCUGCCUGUCCAGGUUGGAUUUGCUACGCGGAAAAGACUCAUGGCUCGUAUAUCCUGCCGUACAUCAGUACAGUGAAAUCCCCUCAACAAAUAAUGGGCUCCCUUGUGAAAAACUACUUUGCUGAGAAAAAAGGUGUGUCACCGGACCGAAUAUAUCAUGUGACGGUGAUGCCAUGUUUCGACAAGAAGCUGGAGGCAUCCAGGCCAGAUUUCUACAGCGAUAUGUACUCCACAAGAGAUGUGGACUGUGUUAUUACAUCAGGGGAGGUAGAGCUGAUGCUCGAGAAAGAGAAGAUAACUCUGUCAGAUGUGGAAGAUGCACAGUUAGAUCCCUUGUUUGGGGGUGGAGCACUUGUGAACCAUAUUGGUGGAGGGUCAGGUGGAUAUCUAGAACAUAUCGCACGCUAUGCUGCACGGGAACUUCUGGGGACUGAGGUCGCCGCUUUUGAAUACAAGACGCUCAGAAAUCAAGACUUUCAAGAGGUCACAAUAGAAGUAGAAGGGAAGCAACCAAUCAAAAUGGCUCUUGCUUACGGCUUCAGAAAUAUACAAAAUAUUGUUCAGAAAAUCAAGAGGAAGAAAUGUCCGUAUCAUUUUGUUGAAAUAAUGGCUUGUCCCUCAGGCUGCACUAAUGGGGGAGGUCAAAUUAAAGUGGUAGGGGAGACCACUCCAAAAGACAGACUGGCACAGGUGACUGGUUUAUACAACUCUGUACAGACUGUGAAUCCCUGGACACAAAGUGAUGUUACCAGUCUAUAUGAGGAGUGGUUAGGAGGAUUUGAAACUGAGAAAAGUAGAACACUUCUGCAUACACAGUAUCAUGAAGUUGAGAAGAUGACUAAUGCUUUAGCAAUUAAAUGGUGAAAAUGUUGUGGAUUUUAUGAGUUUAUACACAGUGCCAAAAUUCUCCUUCAUGCGUUUUAAUUUAUUGAAGAAUAUAACAGAGGGCCUGGUUUAAUACUAUUCAUGAUAUAUUGCUAUUACAGAAGGAUGGUUCUUUAAUAGUGAGUGACCCUUAACCAAGAUGUUGAAACUGUUUCAAUAUAUUUAAGAUCAUGACAGCUAGAGGGCUGGGCUAUUUUUCCUCAUAUAUAUCCCUAUUACACAGGAAUUACUACAGAUGGAAAACCCCAAUCCUUUAAAAUAACUUUUGAGUGAUUAGGGGCAUGAGGGAUUUAAGUUGAAAUCAGGGUUAGGGUGCUCAGACCCUUGAUGAAAUUGAUUUCAAAGCCAUUUAUAACCGUUUUAAGUUCAUUCUUGCUAAAUUAAUGCAGAUAUAGGAACUUUACAAAUUUGGGGCUAUCUGAAAUUUUAAGUAGUCCUGCACCCAUUGUCGGAUACACGCUACACUAUGCUUCGUUGUGUACCGUGGGGAAUUGGGCUAGGAAAAUUCUGUAAUCUUGAAUAAAUAGUGAGGCAGUUUCAUUGGUUCUGCAAAGUACCAGAUGCUUUAUGGUUUAAAAAUAUUCUGGCGAUUGCCGGAGUUGAACCGGGUCCGCAGUCUCAGUACAGUAAUAUCUGGCAGUAGUCAAGACCACACGGACACGGAGGCUACUGACACAGUAAUGUUAUUGAACACUAUUUGAGUGUAACAUGCAAAUUCAUUGGAAGAAGAGUUGUUUCUCCUGCCUCAUGCAUAUUUAUUAAAACGAGAUUUUGUCUGUCAAUUGCCCCACGGUAUGUAUGAAGUGUAACGGAAAAAGUACCAUGGUUGCAGACGAUGUUCUCCACCAAGUUCUUGCCCUCUGUCAUGUAGAGCUUUGAAACUCAGGUUAGCGAACUAUGGACAUGUCUGCCUUCAUAUUCUCACAAUUGAGUAAUGUUCAUAAGCUGAGUAAGCUGUUCGUACAGUACAAACUGUUAUUCCAAAGGUGCAAGUAUCUUAUAUACUAGUAUAUCAGUAAAUGAGAGAAUAAUAUAAUUUCUGUCCUUGUGUUUUAUGUACCUUUCAUAUAUGAGCAAAUAAAUUGUAUAUAUAUAAUUUGGUCAAAUGCUUAAUUUUGUCUU